CAAGUAAACGUUUCACAAACACAGUGUUUUCUGAGAAAGUGGGGAAGAUGCGGAGGAGAUAACAGUCAGUAGGAAUGGCGACUGUGAACGGAGAUGUGUCUGACAGCGAUCACACGCCGAGCUGGCUACAGUUUUGUGACCGUCAGGCCGUUUCUGCUGCCGAGGUGUUUGUAAGAAACUUCCGUGUAUUCGCUGCCAGUUCACAAGCUAGUAACUCGUCGUCGUCAGAGAAUCCUGUCACCGGUGCUCAAGACAACCCCACCGAUCCUUUAGAAUUCGCCAAAAAGUUCGUGGACUUGUUCCUCAGUCAUUUCGAGCGGCAAAUACGGCGUACUGUGCCCUUUGAGUGCGCAGGGGCGGUGACAGGCUCGCUUCUUCUCAACGACUACACCAACCCCGAAACUUUGACAGGCGUCUCGGAAAAUGGCGCCCGCGUGGAGGACGGUGAGGGAGGGGACCAGGAUGAUUAUGCCGAUCAGGACAGCGAGCCAGCUAGCCCUCAGCCCACCAAGCAACACAAGGGCUUCUUCAGAAGACUCUCCUUCAGAAACAUCAGGAAACGAACGCUGUUCAAGCAGAAUUCCGACGAAGUGGAAUUGGACAGCAGUAACCAAAGUAGCGGUUCCUCCCAGUCUCACCCCAGAACGUCCGGCAAGCACCGGUCGGGCAGUCGUAAACACAAGGACAAAGCCGAAAAGGGGGCGAAAUCCAGCAAACUUAUACACUCACAGACUGUGCUAGAGGUGAAAAAGGAAGCCAUCGUCAAUGUGCUGUCAGGGGAAGACUCCAAAGGGAAAUCAAAAUGGGAGAAGACUAGGCUGAUGCUAAUCCGAAGUACAGGGGGUUACAUGCUGGAGCUCUACACCCCUCCAAAGUCAGUCAAACCGCGAUCAGGUAUAUUCUGUUUCCUCAUCCAGGAGGCCCGUGAAACCACCUCAUUAGAGAUGCAAGACCAUGAACACACCUUUGUUCUCAAGGGGGAAGGCAACAUAGAGUAUGUGGUGGAGACCAAUUCUAAAGAUGAAGUCAAAGCCUGGCUGGCCACAUUACACAGUUGUAUGAAUUUACAUAUGGACACCGCACUCAGUACCCUCCCGGAAUCACGUCCGAGAUUACCCACUGCUCCAUCCUCCACGGGCAGGGAUGUCACGAAAGAAUCUCCUCACUUGACCUUACGACGCCGGUCUUCCCACGCCAGCGUUGACCAUGUUCCAGAGGUUCCUCCACGCACUGUGUCACGAAAUCUUACCUCUACUGGCGUGGCGCGGUCUGCCAGUCUACUGUCAGGCUCUGUGGAGUUGGCCAGCUCACCUCGCUCAGAUUCUAUACUCGGCUCUGAUCCACCACGUGAAACUCCUUCGGCAGAUGGACAGAUUGACAGAUUGCUGCGUCAGUAUCCCUGGUUCCAUGGGACACUAUCGCGCGUUGAGGCGGCGCAUCUUGUCCUGCAGCAGGGCAGCUCGGGUCACGGCGUCUUCCUGGUGCGACAGAGUGAGACGCGGAAAGGAGAAUAUGUCCUCACGUUCAACUUUCAGGGCAGAGCCAAGCAUCUGCGAAUGACGAUAAACAGCGAUGGACAAUGCAGAGUUCAGCAUCUAUGGUUUCAGACGGUGUUUGAUAUGCUGGAGCACUUCCGCACGCACCCGAUCCCUCUGGAGUCGGGCGGGUCCUCUGAUGUCACCCUCACAGACUAUGUUGUCGCUCUGGAGCGACCCCGCACCCCGACAGCGGCCACGCUUCCGCGGGGUUCACCUAGGCUGAUUGGGAAUACAGGGAGGUCAUCUUCUACCUCCAGCCUGGGGAUGAGAGGCACGGGCGUUACUCCCGGGGCACAUCAGGCAGCUGCGCAGGAUAGCGCACGCGACACCCUCGUAGUCAGUGGGUCGGUACGGGCCCGCACCGAAUCCAUAGAGAAUGUGAUGCGUGAACAACAACAGCAAGCUGCGGCACAACAGCAGCCGGGCCAUGGCAGAGCUGUAGAGAAUCAUUACUCUUUUGUAUGA